GGUGCGCACAUGUGGGGAGGGAAGCGACUGAUUUUCCCACCUCCUCCGGUCGACCGAUGUUGGGCAUUCUCCUAAAGAUGAGGGAUGAGAAGUGAACUUGGGCCCUAGCCCAUAGAGCCAUUCGGCUCUAACAUAAAUAGAUGGGCCAAGCCUCCAUUUCCUCCUCUUCUUCUUCCCCCGCGACCGCCACCGUUGCAGCCUUCUCCCCUCUCCGCCCUCCUUCCGCCGCAAGCCACACGAAUCAAGGCUAAUCUCUGCUCGAAGCAUGUCAAACGAUCAGCAUCGGUCAUGCCGUUGCGUCAAGUCGAACUGUGUCAAGCUCUAUUGCCCGUGUUUCAGCGCGUACGGCUAUUGUUCACAGAACUGCCGUUGCACUAACUGUAAGAACAGAGAGUACUAUGAGGACUUUGUGGAGGAGCGUGUGGACAUGAUCAAGAUGAAAAAUCCGAGAGCAUUUGAUCCCAAGAUUGUUAGGGUUCAAGAUGCAAGUGAGAUUGAACCCCAGAGCUCUAAUGCAGUGCCGGAAAAUGAGCAUGGAUGUAUGCUAAUGGGUGCAGAUGCCAGAAGUCCAAGUGCCUCGUACAUUCGUGUGAAUGCCUCAAGCACGAGGUGAGGUGCACUUCAAAAUGCCAGUGUAUAGAUUGCGGUAACGGCCCCAGAACAAAGUAUGAUUCAAACAUCGGAAAAGAUCAGAGUGAUGUUAGUGGCCUAACCUAUGAAGAGCCCACGAUGGACACCAUGCAAUCUGAGCACACUCUGAAUCCAAACAAACGCCCAAAAUAUUUUGCAAGUUUUUGGCUCCUUCACACUUCGUUAACAUAAUUUACCAGUGUAGAAUGUAAAUGUAAUUUCAAAGUGUUGGAAAUUUUCAAAGGAAACACUGAUGAUCUGCUCUUUUAUGCAGUGAUAUCUCUCGCAGAUCGUGAUGCUUUACCAUCCUCAAGACAAUAGCCACUUUCUUCCAAAAAUGCAACUGUAAAUACAAACAGGUUUGAGUAUCCCUUGUAACGAAAUCUUAAAGCACGGUGAUCGGUGAGGCCUUGAACUCCAUGAUACUUCAAAUCUUGUCGUCCAUUUGGUAGUCUCAGUGGGUUCAGUUGACCUUGCGCUUGAUCAAGAACUACGAAGACAGUUCCCACCUAUAGCUAAUAUCAUCCAUACUGUUACCAAAGGGCCGGGGUGUAUACAUUUCAUCCCAAUAUGGAAUUAGUUGUUUUGGCAUGCAAAUGUUCCUGCUUCUUAAUCUCUCAUGUUCUUGGGGAUAUUUUGAUCAUGCCUGAAUCUGUGAAUCCUUCAGUGAUGAGAGCACAAGUAUUAUGAGGUAUGAUGAUGAUUGCAAGUAUAAGUAGCCUCGAUUGUAUUAUUGACGCAGAGCAUCGACUGAUCUCUCAUAUUCCUGUAGGAUUCAACCUCAUCCACUGCAAGAACACACAUAAUUUAGAACAGAAACGGCACAUGAAUCAGUAGGAGUAAUAGUUAGUGACUACUAGUAAGUAUACUGUUCCUGAAGGGAUGGUUACAUGGAUUAAUAGCUUAAUCUGAUACCUCUUCCAUGACAUUGUAAGAUAUGCAGGGAGGCAGCUCUUCUUGCAGCCAAUGUGUGAGCUCUCCAUCUUGCUCCUCAGGAUCCUAGAACAAACAUUAGUCAAGGAAAAAGUAGUCUCAACAAGUGUUUUGGCAGAAUAAUAAUCCUGCAUUGGAUAUCGAAGUGUUUACAAAAUUUUGAACGAAUUUACACUAGAGAAGAGUUAAGGAGGCUUA